AUGAGCGACGUCUGGGCAUAUGCCUACAUAGGCGACGAGAAAGCGAUUGCGAGGGCGAUCGAAGCAACGAUCCUGGACACAUGCAUCCGCAUCAACAACCGCGACUUCGACCUACCCACCGACAUUGAUGCCAAUGGCUGGACACGCUUCUCCAACGACUUCGUCUACUCCCCAGAAUAUCAGCCAAUACUCGCUCAAGAUUCGCGUCUCGCAGUCGAGGAGCUAGAACGAAAGGGAGCCAAGAAUCUGAUCGAAUUGUUUCGCGCGAUGACUGUCGCUUACCCAGAAUACCGGCUCGUACCAAUCGAUUACAACACGCAGGUGCACGAAAAGGCGGCAUGGGCAGAGUCGUAUGUCACGAUCGAGACGACGGGGCUAGGAGAUGUGACAAGGCAAAGCGUGGGAGUGUUUGAAUGGAAGCGCGACAAGGCGAAGAGAUGGUGGAUCACGAGAUAUCAUGGUAUGGCUGGAAUGGCGGGUGAUUGA